AGUUAAACUGAGCUUACUGAAGGCUUACUGAGGCUUACUUUUUGAGGGGAACAACUUUGCACACCCAUGCUCCGUUUGACACUUGUCCUUUGCGGCCUCGCUGCCGGCCACGCGAGUGGAGACAGACCAGAAAGAGUAUUCGACAACUCGGACAUACCUAGCUGGAUACCUGGCUAUCCUGGCAUUGAUAAAGGGACGAUCCACUUCACCUAUGCUAAGGACACGAUCGAAGUAAUACUUUUGCUUGUGCUUGGUUGGUUCUACAAGAAAAGGAUCGUUUCCAAGCGGCCAGCAUUGCCUGCUCCAACUGGUGCAGAAGACUUUUCAAAGGGGCCUUUCUCUUGCUGCGACAAUCUUUGCUACUUCCUUUGGGCUCUUUUCUUGCAACAGAUUCGCAUGGGUGAUACUUUCCAGGCUACUGGGGCCACCAGCUUCUGGGCACCAACGGUGGUGUUCAUCGCAUCAAGGAUUAUUGCGAACUUGAUGGGCCUGGUCGCAGGAAUGCCAGCUGGACUUCCCACUUUCUCCAUGCUAUUCUUUCAGGGGGUCUUUUUUGCUACUUGACUUAACUAACAGGGUCAGCUUGGUCUCAAUUGUGGAUGCGAAGGCUGGGAAGAAACCUCUAGUGAACUGCCUGUGUUGCUGAUGCAUAGCUUUCUCUCAAGCAUACUGUGUAGUACACCGCAUUAGGCCAUUAGGGAGGCUACUAUGAAGGUGACCCACAGAGCGUGGUUUCUUCCACGACGAAGCACUGCCAUGCACACUUCCCCGCCUUUGUGGUGUCCCUUGACGCAUACAAUUGAAGCACGUUACUGUUACGUGGUGCGUUCUCAAGGCACGGUGGAGGAAUGCUCUCCGACGAGAGCUGGGCUUCCAACCCAAUGACUGCACUGACUAUUGCCUCUACAGCCUGUGUGCUCCGUGCUUGGCAACUCAGGA